UAUGUGGAUCUAAUGGACUUUUAGAAUGUAGAGUGUUAUUAAAAAUUGAACUGAAAUCGCAAAAAAUGAAAACUAAUCACUGAAUUUUCAAAUUUAUCGUGCCAAAAAUAAGUCUCCAAUCUCCAUGUUGUUCUCUAUCAAGUUCUACCUUUGUCAAACUUUUAAUUUCCAACCUUUUUAGCUUAUUUAAUUUUCUCCAUGUUGUUCUCGUGCCAGAAAUAAAAUCUAUUUUAUUUUCGGAUUGAGUUUCAGACUCACAAAUGAUACUUUAGUUGAUAACUAUCAAUAUUUUUGGUUUAAUUCAGAUUUGCCUUAUCAAAAAAAGAGAAAAAAAACAGAACAAUUUUUUCAAACUGAAGUACAUGCAUGGUGUGGUGGCUAUGUACUUACGUAGUAUGGAGCAAUUGUUUUACUUUUACAAAAAAAAAAAAAAGCCUCAAGCUUACUAAACUGAAUAGAUUUCAGUCAGAAUAAAUCAUAUAAAAAGAACAUCCUUACUCAAAUAAUAAUAUACGAGCUAGCUACAAAUAUCGUACUCCGUUGAUAUAAAAUCAAACAAAACUUAAAUCUUCAUACAUAUAGCAAAAAAUUAUUCGGUGAAAGAAAACAAAAUUAAUUACGAUUGUAGUUGUGUUGUAGUCGAAUUUAUUCUGACUACUUUUCCUCAACAAAAGAGUACGGGUUGACUUUCAGUUCGAGGAAUGGUUAUAGUUAAACAGUACCAAAAAUAUCAAGCAUUGCAUCUUCAAUGACAAUUACAUAUAUUUAAAUCCAUUGUCUUCUUCUUCAAAGGAAUCAUAAUAUGCAGAAACAAGAAAGAUAUGGUUACAACCCAAAAAAAGAACAAGAAAGCAAGUUUUGACGAAGAAGACGAUAACGAGGCGAUGAUAAUCAUCACAUCGAAACUUCAACAUGUGUUAGCAGCAAAAUCGAGAAGGCUACAAUACCUGUCAUCACCGGUAACUAGUAACAACGUGUCAUUGUCACUCUUGUCGUCCCCUGAUGAUUCACUCUCUCGCGCUUCGAUUCCUUUCUCAUGGGAAGUAGAACCUGGCAAGCCUAAACACCAUGUUCGUCAUCCUUCUUACUCCAAGUGUCUUGAUUUGCCACCGAGAAUGCUCCUUCCUGACGAGUUUACCAAAAUGCCUCUGACAGCUAAUCAUCGCUGUCGUCUUUCGGGGUGGAAACGGUGGUUCCACUGGAAGAAAGAGAGAGGUGGUGAGGAUUAUGUGGCCGGAAGUUGUAGUUUUAUUUAUCCAUCGGAAGAUGAAGAUGACAUGAAGACCACAAGAACAAGAGGUCUCCAUUGUUUCUCUUACGUCACUAGAUGUUAUUUCUGGGUAAAUUAACCUAAUUUGUCUAAAAAAAUGUUUUCUCCGAUGGAACCGUCGAUUACAUGUAAGUUCGUGUCUUCUUUUGUUUUGCAAGAAGUUCCAGGGAAGAACAAGGAGCUAAAAAAAACAUAGCUUUUGAGGGAGAGAGAUUUUAUUAUAAAUAAAUAAUACAAAGCAAAUACUUACUGGAUUAUGGGCUUUUCUGAGCAUAUAUACUGGCCCAAUACCAUAAUAAUUGUCGAAUUAUUUUUAUGAUGCUCGAGCUGGUUUCGAAUGUAUAGGAUGUUGAAAAAGUAAUGUGGGCCAUAUAUAAUGGAGAGAUAAUGCAUAAUUAGUGGCUAGGAUGUGAUCUUCCAUAUGCGAUAAUCAUUACAUCAAAUUGUCCUACAAAUUAUAUUUUGUAUAAAAAAUUAAAAAGUUUCGAAUUCUGGUGGCGAAAGUUUUCAAAAAACUGUUUAAAUUUUCAUAUACACACAUUUACUUUCGUUCAUUCUGUGUUGGAGUGAAGACAACUAACUAAUGUAUACCAAUGUUCUUAAGCCCAAUAAAACUAAUGGGCCAUAUAAUAUAAAAGGCCGAAGAAUAAAACAACAGAAGCUUCUUCUAGCUUAAGUGGCUGAAAGACCACGUCGACGUGGUAGGUCGUUUAAGGCGAAAGAAAACGGCACGCAAGUGAAGCUAGGAGAUUAAAACGACACGAAAGGUGGGGUGGGUGUUUUGGGUAGGAAAGACAGUUGUCAACAUCAGGGAUAUGGAUUGAAUAAAAUAUAAUUAAAAAAGUCCUUAGAUUUCAAAAAAGCUAAUCACGCCUCAAAACUGGGGCCUAUCUCUUCCUUUUUGUCGCUUCUUGUCGGUCCUUCUCUAUUUCUUCUCCAACCCCUCAUUUUUUAAUAUUUACAUAACUAACCAUUUUACUUUCUUUGUCAAAAAUAUACCCAAAAUUCUAUGAUUAGUUUUUAAGUUAUAGUUUCUGUAAUUGAUUGUUGUAUCGAUAUGAAAAUUAGUUAUAAUCAAUUAAAUUUUUAUGCUCAAGUAA